GAAUGUCUUCCUUGUCUCGGUCUCUUCUCAUCAGCCGUUCGGCGGCUCCGGUCGUCGCUACCAUGUCUACGAAGCCUCGUGCUCACAUCGACGGGCACGUACCAUCACCACUGCAACAACUUUCCGAAGAGGAAAGCUCAAUUGUUGGAACCGUUCGGCGUUUUGCUGUGAAUGUUAUCAAGCCGCUUGUUCGUGAAAUGGACGAUAAGUCUCAAAUGCAUCAAUCUGUAAUUACCGGAACUUUUGAAAAUGGGCUGAUGGGAAUCGAGAUUCCAGAAAAGUAUGGUGGACCAGGAUCAUCAUUCUUCGACGCUGUUCUCGUCAUUGAAGAGCUCGCAAAAGUUGAUCCAUCUGUUUCUGUAUUCGUAGAUGUGCAGAACACUUUGGUUGCCCCGUUGAUUAUUCAGUUGGGAACCGAGGAGCAAAAGCAAAAGUAUCUUCCAAAAAUUGUGACCGAAGCUAUUGGAUCAUUUGCUCUUUCCGAGACCGGAUCUGGAUCUGAUGCAUUUGCAUUGAAGACAACUGCAAAGAAAGAUGGAGAUGACUUUGUGAUCUCUGGAUCAAAGAUGUGGAUUACCAAUGCUGGGCAUGCUCAGUUCUUUUUAGUUUUCGCAAAUGCUGAUUCAGCCAAAGGAUACAAGGGAAUCACGUGUUUCCUGGUUGACAGAAAUCAAGAAGGAGUAUCUGUUGGAAAGAAGGAAGACAAGCUCGGAAUCCGUGCAUCUUCUACAUGCUCCGUUCAUUUUGACAACGUUCGGGUCCACAAGUCGUCAAUUCUGGGAGAAUAUGGAAAAGGAUACAAAUAUGCGAUCGAGUGCCUGAAUGCUGGACGUAUCGGAAUCGGAGCACAAAUGUUAGGAUUGGCUCAAGGCUGUUUCGAUCAAACAAUUCCAUAUCUUCAACAAAGAGAACAGUUCGGGCAGAGACUUAUAGAUUUCCAGGGAAUGCAACACCAAAUCGGACAAACACGAAUGGAAAUUGAAGCUGCUCGUCUUCUGGUCUACAACGCUGCUCGCAUGAAGCAGAAUGGACUUCCAUUCGUUCGUGAAGCAGCCAUGGCCAAAUUGUUUGCAUCACAAGUUGCCACUACAGCCACUUCGAAAUGUGUGGAAUGGCUUGGAGGAGUUGGAUUCACCAAGGAAUUCCCAGUUGAAAAAUUCUACCGCGACUCAAAAAUUGGAACAAUUUACGAAGGAACGUCCAACAUUCAGCUCAAUACCAUUGCCAAGCUCGUUGACAUCGAAUAUCAACAAAAGGCUUAAUUGAUUAUAAUAAUCAUCUCCUACGGCGUUUUCAGUAGUGAACAAUCGAACGUAUUUAUUUCUAUUCGUUUAUAUUUUUCAGAAUGAACAAUUUGCAACUU